CUCUCUUUAUAAGUGAAGCAGCAUGACCAAUGACCGUGCUUUCUACUUUCUUUGAUCGUUUUCGGAGAGGGAGCGUGAAAAAAAUAGCGGAAAAAUGGCUGACAACGGUUCCCUUUCGGAGUUCCUCGCCGUCGCCGUGGAUGCUGCGAAAAGCGCCGGAGAGAUUAUUCGUAAAGGAUUUCACGAGAAGAAGAAUGUGGAGCACAAAGGACAGGUUGAUUUGGUGACGGAGACGGACAAAGCAUGUGAAGAUCUCAUUUUCAACCACCUUAAAAAAUACUACCCUGAACAUAAGUUUAUAGGUGAAGAAACAUCUGCAGCAUGUGGCACUUCUGAGCUGACUGAUCAUCCUACAUGGAUAGUUGACCCCCUGGAUGGAACAAUUAACUUUGUUCACGGGUACCCCUUUGUGUGUGUAUCCAUUGGUCUUACAAUUGGAAAGGUACCUACAGUUGGUGUUGUAUACAACCCAAUACUUAAUGAGCUUUUCACUGGCAUCCGAGGGCAAGGUGCUUUCUUGAAUGGGGAUCCUAUAAAAGCAUCAUCUCAAUCUGAGCUGGUGAAAUCCCUGCUUGUGACAGAGGUUGGAUCAGAGCGUGAUAAAUCCACUGUAGAUGCUGCCACUAAUGAAAUAAACAGCCUAUUAUUCAAGGUGAGAUCCCUUAGAAUGAAUGGUUCUCUUGCUUUAAGCCUUUGCAGCAUUGCAUGUGGUAGAACUGAUCUCCUUUGUAUGAUUGGAUUUGGUGGACCAUGGGAUGUAGCAGGUGGAGCGAUUAUUGUUCAAGAAGCUGGUGGUCUUGUUUUUGAUCCGAGUGGAGGAGAUUUUGACAUAAUGUCUCAGAGAGUUGCAGCUACAAAUGCCCAUCUGAAGGAUUUGUUUACAGAUGCAUUAAUGGAAUCAGGAAUUACUCAACAACCUUGAAGAUGUUGAUAUAGCCUUCGGAACGUUGGUACCUAGUUAUCUUGUAUCUUUCCUUGUUGACCGUGUCACUUGGAAUCAUAAAGAGGCAUUUCAUAUGUUCAAGAAGACGCACAGAUUGAAGCAGGCAAGGCACAAUUUGUGAAUGAAAAUAGCCGCGCAGUUAGCUGGCAGAACCCUUGAAUGAAUAGAACAUGUGUAAAUCGUUUUCCGGGCAUGAUACUUGUACACAAUACACCAUCGUACUCUCAUAAGAAAACAAUGACGUUAUAGAAACUUCCGAUCUAAUAGAAGUUUCCUCAUUUCGUAUUUUCUUUGCUCAACCUUGUUCGUUGCGACGGUUGGCAUGAAAAUGAUGUGUUGGCGCAUAUGCCACGAAAAAGAGCAUGUUCCAUGCCACUGCCAUGACAUGGCCAGGGUAUAUAAUUCCUCUUGAAAAAUGUGGCGUGGAUGGUCUUAAUGUGCUUUGUGGAUAUGCUUGUUUGCAGUAUAAUUUUUGUUCUUUAUGUUUUGUUUA